UCCUUUCCUGCCGAUUCCAGACGGACAGCUCACUACAAUACUACUCAAUCCCAAGAUCAACAAUCAACCUCUUUCUUCAACACUUAGAACCUUUAUCUCUUCCAAUCCUCUAAUAUCCUUACCCUUUUCUCACUUGUCGCCACGAUCUCACAAUGUCGGCUGCUAGAAAAGACUUCGAGGAGUGUCUCGAGCAGCUCCACAUGGCUUGGUGGACACAAGAGCAGGGUAUGGCCCAGGCCUUUGCGGAUGCCGAGGACCAGGAGGCCUGGUUCAAGAACUUUUUCGACUGCCUUGCGAAGAUCAAGCAAGGACCCUCACCCAAACCUGCCGUAACUGGCAGUUCUGGCGCCGAAGUUUCUGGUGCCGAAGUCAAGGCCGUCAAGCGCCGUCGCGUCGAUGACGGUUCCACGCCCGAGGACCAUGAGCAAAAGGCGGCCAAAGUCAGCAAGCAGAUCACCGAGGAGUUCUCUUUGCCCUAGUUCAGCCUGCACGCCUCAUCGCCUUGAAGCUGCCUACCUUAAG